AUGGCCACUUUUGUCAUGCAAUCGCUAGGUUGCGACGUCUCUGCGAUCAACACUGUGCACUACAGUAAUCACACGGCAUACAAGCAAGUUAAAGGCACCAAGACAUCCGCGAGCGAAAUCCUCGAACUGUACGAAGGGCUACAGCAGGCGAACCUGACCAACUUCGACGUACUCUUGACCGGAUACAUGCCCAGCGCCGAAGCCGUACAAACGAUAGGGACGAUUGGCAGGGAUAUCAAAUUCAAUGCUGGCACGAAGCCGGGCAGCUUCUUCUGGGUGCUCGAUCCGGUCAUGGGCGACAAUGGCAAGUUGUACAUUCCGGAGGAUGAAGUACCAGAGUACAAGGGACUGUUGCGCGAGGCAGAUCUCAUACUCCCGAAUCAGUUUGAGGCCGAACUACUAUCCGAUACCCCCAUCACCGACCUCAAGUCCCUCGCCGCCGCCAUCCAAGUCCUCCACAAGACCUACCAAGUCCCGCACGUAAUCAUAACCUCCCUCCGCUUGACACGCGACAACCAGACCAUACCCUCGCGACCAGUAUCCAAAGCCGGCACCGGCACCCACACUCCCUCAGACCCCCAUCACCUCGACGCAUCAACCUCCCAACCAGCCCCCCAACUCCAAGCCCCCCAAAUCGACCUCUCCGACAUCGAAAACCUCACAAUAAUCGGCUCAACGGCAACCUCAGACUACAAACCCCGUCUCUUCCGCAUCGACACCCCGCAACUCCCGCUCUUCUUCUCAGGAACAGGAGAUAUGUUUGCUGCGCUCACGAUCCCUCGCCUCAUCGAAGCCGUACACGACGCGUCUACACCCGAGUUUGAUCUGCAUGCGAAACCGAGCUGGCGCUCACCAGACGAUGUGCCGGCCGAGGAACUGCCGUUGGCGAAAGCAUGUCAGAAGGUUCUUGCGUCUAUGCAAGCGAUACUCACGCGCACGACGACGGCGUGUCAGGAGAAGAUGGCUGCGUAUGAUGCGCGUGCUGCGAAGGAAGGGCGGGGUGAGGGCGAUGAGGCGGAUGAGGAGGUUGCCAAGAAGAGGCAUCUGGCGCUUAUGAAUGCGAGUGAAGUGACGGUUCCGCGGUAUGUCAAGGAGAUGAUUGAUCCGCCGGAUCUGGAGCGGUUCAGGCCACGCGCGGUGUAUGAGGGGGAGAGUGUACCAGCGGAUGUUGGGGAGAGGAAGCCGGAUGAGUUGAACGUGCUGCAUUUGGGUGUUGGCACGAAGGAUGGUGGGGCGAUGCAGGUGCUUCAGUCAGGGACGCAGGGUAAGAUUGUUGGAGAGGGAGAGAAGAAGGAGGCGGGUGAUUCAUGA